AAUUUCAUCAAAUCUGUGACCUUUGACCUUCCUUAUGUCAUCUCUCUCUCUCUCUCUCUCUCUCUCUUGUGAUUACCGCUUCAGCCACAAGUUGUUGAGGCUUGUUUUUGUCUGUUUUAUAAUCUCUUUGUGCAGGCGAUCUAUACUAUAUUCGCUUUACGCCUUACAGUAUAGGCCAAAUUUGUUGUUCAUUCGCAAGAGUGGUUACCAAAUGUACAACUUUCCAUCAUGAGAAAUUUGGAGCCCGUUCUUUAACUACUUGUGAUUGGGGAAUGGACUAUCAUUUAUUUUCCUCGCCGUAAUGGAAAGAAAGCGCCGAAGCUGGAGAGUGAGAAGGAUUCAUCGCUGGUUUUUGAGGAAGCAAAAGAGAGCCGACCCAUUUCAACUCACUGGAAUUUCAGAUGGUGGUGAAGAUGAAGAUGAUUUCACAGAUGAUUUCUCAUCUCCAUCACCGGCGGUGAACCGAUGCAUUGGAAACAAUGAAUUAAGAAUAUUUGUGGGUACUUGGAAUGUGGCGGGAAGGUCUCCAGUGGGAAGCUUGGAUGUAGAUUUGGAUGAAUGGCUAAAUCUCAGAGAUGCAGCUGACAUCUACGUUCUUGGCUUACAAGAAAUUGUACCGUUAAAGGCGGCAACUGUAAUUGGAGCAGAGGACCCAACAGAAGCAACGAACUGGAAUCUACUAAUUGGAAAAACACUCAACAACAAAUAUGGAUGCCCAUGGCUAACACCUUUGGUACAUCCCAUCACCAAUGAGAAUUACCAUUAUGAUAGAGUUCCCGACUCUGAAAGACAACCUAACUACAGCAACCAAACGGCAAAUCUUGCAAACAAUCAACAUGGAAUUCGGUUUGAGCAUCGGAAUCAAUUGAGUAGGUACAAAUUAAUGGCAAGCAAGAAGAUGGUUGGAGUCUUUAUUAGUGUCUGGAUGAGAAGGGAAUUGCUUAAGAGGUACGAGAUAUCAGGUGUGAAAGUUUGUUCAGUGGCUUGUGGAAUAAUGGGUUAUUUGGGAAACAAAGGAUCAGUUGCUGUAAGCAUGUCGAUUGGUGGAAUUAGUUUUUGCUUCAUAGCUGCCCAUUUGGCCUCUGGAGAAAAGAAAGGUGAUGAAGGGAGAAGGAAUCACCAGGUCUCGGAGAUUUUUAGGAGAACCUGUUUCCCAAGGCUACCCGAGGAUGGCGACAAGCUUCAUCCACUAACCAUAUUAGGACAUGAUCGGAUAUUCUGGUUUGGAGAUCUCAACUACAGACUAUACCUAGAAGACAACUUAGCCCGGCAGCUAAUACAAGAACAAGAUUGGAGAGCAUUACAGAAGUUUGAUCAGUUGCGGAGGGAACUUGAGCAUGGUGGUGUAUUUCAGGGUUGGAGAGAGGGAAACAUUGAAUUUGCACCCACUUACAAGUAUUCUUCCUACAACUGCAACAGGUAUUCAGGUGGAAUUCCAAGUAGAGCAGGAGAGAAGCAAAGAACACCAGCAUGGUGUGAUAGGAUUCUGUGGUAUGGUAAAGGAGUGAGGCAACUUUCCUAUUUUCGCAGUGAAAGCAAAUUUUCCGAUCAUCGACCUGUAUCAGCUCUGUUCUCUACUCAAAUUGAAGUAGUACAAUCUGCAAUUUCAAGUUGUCCAACAGUCCCAACUACCCUCCUCACGAAAACUCCGAGCAAAAUGAGACAUCAACCCGAAAUGGCUAGUGGGGAGGCUACACCCACCUUGCUGUCAUUAAUUGUGCAGGAUAUGUAAGCUUCACAAACAAAUAUAUAGACUUGUGUGUCUGCAGGACACAAUUACCUAUAUCAUUUUAUUGAUACUGAAAAACUUCAUACA